AUGAGCAGCGAUUCCGAUUCUUCCGAUAAUAAGGAGUUGAUCCGAAUCGAAAAACUCACGCUAGUCAACUGGGUACAAUGGAAAUCAAGAUUCACAUUGUAUCUCAAGAGUCAUAAGCUGUACACUUUGAUAUACAUUUUGGGGAAGUAUGAGAAGAACACCGAUAAAUAUACGGAUAAGAACUACAAGGCAUUGAACGCGUUGUAUGGGGCUGUCAGCAAGGAACUACAUAACGAAAUCCCUGAAAAUGACACGUCGUUUAAGGACGCCUGGGAUGCAUUAGCUUCAGCGUGUGGACAGAAUUUGGUAACAACAAUUUGUGCUGCCUAUUGA